UUCAAGAUAGCACAGUACUGUCAUACUCUGGAUAAGAGCGUCUGCUAAAUGUGGUUGAUGAAGGAGUGUCUUUGUGGGAGGCCUGCUCUUCUCUGGAUCUUGGUAAAGAACAGUGUUCAACCAGACGAUGACGAUGAUGAUGACGAUGACGAUGAUGAUGAUGAUGACGAGGAUGAUUAUUAUUCCCACCUAUUUCUCAGCUGGACCCCAGUACUGUGUGUUGACGUGGGCAUAUACAGAGCACCAACCUCUGAUUCAUCACACAAAUCUUCUCUCCAUGGCAGAGUGACCACAUGCUGGCAGAGACCUUCCAGCCCAGCUGCUGAUGAUCUGAAGGAGAUGAAAACAUGGAGUUCCUCACCACAACAGAAUAAUAGAAUGCUGACUUAGAGCAGCUCUGGCUCCCUGCAGUAACAUGAAACAACCUGUAGGGGAUGCUGCCAUGAACCCAGCUCCAUACAGAAGUGAAGAAACCAAGGGCAAUUGCAAGUUUCCAACUUUGUAUAAUUUCCCCUUUGAUUAGGACCUAAAAUCGGAAGAUUUCAAAGCAACAAUUCAUUUUUAAUUUUGUCCAUUUUUAAAUUAUUAUUAUUAUUAUUAUUUUUUUUUAUAGUUUAUAUGGAAUAAUUCUUACUCAAUUUCACAUAACAAUCGCUUUAGAGUUUUCCCUGCUCAUGUUAACCUAAUUCAACACAUCUGCUCAUUAUCAAACCUUUCCUCUUUUGGAUUGCGUAUGUCAGUGGGAAAAGCACUUAGCUGGGGAGUGCUGCUUCUCUGAAGGAGUGCAGCUGAGCAGAACAGAAUUAGCACCUGCAUGCUUACCAGCAGAAUGCUGCUGGGGAAGCAGCGUUACACUCAUGGGGGAAUCAUAGAAUAUAAAAUCUACAUACAUGUGAAUGCCAAAACAUCUGCUCUGAAACAGCUUUCUAAAGAAUAUCUCACUUUUCUUAGCUGCAGAGAAAGUCUCUGGCAUCAGUUACAUCAGUGCCCAUACAGUGUACAAUGACAAUAAAGGCUAUUCUAUUCUAUUCUAUUCUAUUCAGAAGUGAGAUAUGGCACGGAAUAUCCUGUAUGUGAGGUAGGAAAUAUAUCCAGCUUUGCUCAACCAGAAGGUUCUAUCUUACUAAAUGUCCCAGAAAAAAGAAAGUCAUAUAUCCAGUUAUCAUGAUUUUAUCCUUAACAAAUGUCCCUUCAUGCCUACUUCCAAGAAAAGCAGAAGAAAAUGCUUGUGGCAUAUUGCAGUGCGAUGCAGCAAGGUGCAGUGUAAUGCAGUGCCAUGCAGUGUGGUGCAGCAUAGGGCAAUGCGGUGCAGUGAAAUGCAGUGUUGUGGAGUGAUAUGUAUUGUGGUGCAGUGUAAUACAGUGUGAAUGAUUGGAUGUCUGCCCCUCUACUGAGUGGACUUGUUAGAGUCCAGGCUGGCUGUCAAGUGGCCUGCCGUAUGAUGAGUGGGAGCCUGACCAGGCCUGGCGGCCACCGGGCUGUCUCCUGCCCCCUGCUCUGCCAUGCCUCUGCUGGAAUGUGAUGACUGGCACAGGGAACAGAGCCCUGUAUUCAGACUGAAAGCCCCGUGGCUUUGGCUUGCCCUCCACUGCCAGACACGCCGCUGCUAGACAGGUGUUCUCCAGAGUCUAUCUGCUGGGCCUCCACUUCUUCCCAGCACUGCUGUUUUAAGAAGAGCGAAAAUCUGACUAUUGUAGAUCUGGGAAAUACUAAGAAUAUUGAUCCAUCCAUUCUCUCCUCCUGCACGCCCCAAAAAUCACCAAUAUAACAUUACAUUUUGACGAUCUAUUCUGUCUGCUUGUUGUGCAAGUACACUGAUCAUUUUC